AUGCAUUCAAAAACAAAAUCGAAACCUAAUUCUAAAAGAAUAAGUAAAAAAACCAGUCAAAUCGAAGUCGAACUUCAGCAUGUAGAAGAUAAUUUUGAUGAACAAACUACUAAACGUACAACUCAACAACAAUCAGUUCAGUCUUCAUCAUCUUCACGUCCGAAAACUACAUCAGCCAUUACAACAGAUACUGAUGAAUCAGAAAAUCAGGAUGAACUAACUGGUGAUAAACAAGACGAUAGUGAUGGUGAUACAUUGAAGUCUGAAGUUUGGAAUUAUGCUACAAAGCUAAACAACGGUAAAGCGAAAUGCAACAAUUGCAAUCGUGAAAUAUCAUGUAAAGAUCAUUCAACAACUGGCUUACGUCGGCAUUUAUUUCGUUGCAUUAAAAUUCCAAGCUUUAUGUCACACAGAAAUGGUAGUACUACAAGUUCAAUCGGACAUGAUCUCAAACGACGAUUAAAUGAAUUAGUUUAUAAAUGUAUAAUUGAAGAUGGGCGAACUUUUGGUGAUUUGAGAAACCCAGGCAUUAUUCGGCUACUUGAAGAUAUUAUACCAGGCUACAAACCACCAACACGUCGGACGGUGCAACGACAAUUGAAAAGGCUUUGUAACAAUCACACACGCUGGCUUGUAGCUGAAUUAAAACGUAUUGAUACAUUGGCUGUAACAACGGAUCUUUGGUCAGAUAAAAAAAUGAACUCUUAUAUGUGUUUAACAGGACAUUACAUUAAUUCUGAUUCAAAACUACAAUCUAAAGUAUUGUCGUUUACUGCUUUUCCAGAACGUCAUACGGGAGGUCAAAUAUCAUAUACAAUCAAAAAAGAACUGAAAAGAUUACAAUUUUAUGAUAAAACACAUACGAUAACUUGUGAUGGAGCCGCAAACAUUAAGAAAUCAUUCGAAUCACUUAAACCCAAGCGAGUGCAUUGCUUAGGACAUAAACUACAUCUGAUCGUAUGCAAUGCACUUUGCUUGUGGGUAAAAAAACAGCAAAUAAAUGAAACAGAAGAUCAAGGUGAACCAAUGAAUGAAAGUUUCGAAGAUGGUGAUAGUUCAAUUAUUACUACAAAUAAUUCCAAUGAUUUUGAUGAUACACAUAAUACUGAUAUUGAUCAAACAACAUGGCAUGAAUCUGAUAUGAUAGAUGAUGACGAUCUAUCAAGUGGUGAAGAUGAUGCUAUGUCUGAUGAUUCGAGUGAUACGUCGGAUGUGGUGAAUGACAAUUGGAAAGAAGGUGUUCUUGAAGAUCUAACAUCGAUUACUUGUAUAGAACAAUAUACUAUUAAUCAAGCUAUUAAAAAAUGUCGUGAUUUUGUCAAAGCAGUCAGUAAAUCGUCGAUUUUAUCUAAUUUCAUUAAUAAAGAAAAAGGCAAAGAUAAAUUAAGCAAUUCACUGAUGAUUGAUUGUAAAUCACGCUGGAGUUCAACACAUCGUUUAGUUCAGUCAAUUUUAUUUCACAAAUCAAUUAUUGGUCGAUUAUAUGCUGAAAAAUAUGAACUUAAUCUUACACGUAAACAACUUAUAAAGCUAACUGGAUACGAGCUUAAUCGAGAUGAAUGGAUUAUACUGGAUUGUGUUCAAGACGUUUUAAAUUCAUUUUUUGAAGCAACAAAACUAGUCAGUGGUAAACAAUAUUCUACAAUUGGACUUGGCUAUUUUACUGUUAACAAUUUAAAAGAAUAUAUAGAAGAACGUGAUGGUAAUCAUGAAGUCGAUCAACUAAAGCGUUUGCUACUUAGGCAACUAAUCAAUUAUUUUGACAAUGAUGCGGAUCAGUACGACUUUUUAAAGCGUCAUGCUUUUUUCGAUCCGAUUGGUUUUGGAAUAUUGGAUCAUGCAGAUCGAACGAAGUUCGAACGUGAAAUCAGAAAUUUGGACAAAGAACGCAUAGAAUCGGUGGUCGAUUCUGAUUUAAGUAGUCGUCAUUUACAAGCAACUGCUAAAAAAGCAUCGACAUCAAAUUUACUUAAUGGUUUUCUUUCAUCUGUUGGCUAA